AUGAGUGAUGAAGAGUUUAAUGCUUAUAGUAAAGAAAGUUUACUUGGUAAAGCCAAUAUCUCCGAUACUAAUUUAAAACGUAUUAAAGUAGCUCAUGCUAAUAUAUUACGACAAUUACCUACUCAAUUAGAUCAAUCUACUUAUGUAAAGGGUCUGAAGGGGAUAGUUAUGCUUGGAGGAGGAUUCUAUUCGUGGUUAUCAUUCUUAUCCAUUAUGCAUUUAAGAGAUAAUGGACUGAAAUUACCUAUUGAAUUAGUACUUGCCUCUUGGAGUGAUUAUGAUAAAGAGUAUCAUUUUUGUCAUCAAGUAUUACCUAAAUAUAAUGCAAAAUGUAUACUUAUGCCACAAGUGUUGGGACAUCAUGUGAUCUCUCAAAUAGGGAUUGGAAGUUAUCAAUUAAAAUCAAUUGCUAUAGCUGUAAGUUCAUUUGAACAUGUCCUUAUGUUGGAUUCAGAUAAUGUUGCCUUAGUUAAUCCAGAUACUAUCUUUGAUUCCAAAGUGUAUAAGGACCAUGGACUUGUGCUUUGGCCUGAUUAUUGGCAAAGAUCUAUGAGUCCACUCUACUAUGAGAUUGCUCAAAUACCAGUUAAUGAACAGGUAAGAGUAAGAUGGGGAAGAUUCCCCUUAGUUAAACCUAUUCUUGUAGAAGAAGACGGUACUACCAUUAACAAAGAGAAGAAGAAACAGAAGCUUAACUUCCAUGAAUAUGCUGGCUCUAUCCCGGAUUUAUCAUCAGAAUCUGGUCAAUUACUUAUCAAUAAAGGUACUCAUGCCAAGACCCUUCUCUUAUCUCUCUACUAUAAUCUCUAUGGUCCAGAUAUUUACUAUCGAUUAUUCAGUCUUGGAGAAUUAGGAGAGGGUGAUAAAGAUACAUUUAUUACAGCAGCCUUUGCCACUCAGGCCAAGUACUAUCAAGUACUUUCUCAUAUACGAACGCAAGGAUUUAGUGAUGAAAAUGGAUAUCAUGGAAUGGCCAUGGGACAGAAGGAUCCAGUAGUUGAUUAUGAAGUAGUCACUAAACAAUACGCUAAGAUUGAACGAGAAUUAAAUCGGAAUAAGUCUGCCGAUCAAUUUGAACUAAUAGAUAAGAUGCAAGCUGAAUAUUUCGGAGGCGUGUCAGAGAUACCUCUAUUCACUCUUCAUUGUAAUAUUGCUAAAGUUAAUCCGGAAGAGUAUACCCGAAAUGAUGCCGUUAGUGAUCUAGAAGAAAACAGAAUUAAAGCCAGAAUUUAUUCAAACUUUAAGUAUAAAAUUGUCGAAAGAGAUCAAGAUCGAGAAAUCGAUUUUGAAUUAAAAAGAUGGACAAUUAUUCAACAAGCCAUUUGUAUAGAUAACCUUGAAUUCUAUUUGUUUGAUGAAAAGGAUAAGAAGAAGACUUGUGAUUAUAUUAAUAAUACCGUAAGAUGGUUAAUCUCCACUUCUGAUAUGGUGGAUGGUAAAUCUCUUACAUCUCUCGAUAGAAAGAAACCUCAUCAACCAGUGUAUAACUACAAGUAA